AUGCGGGGUCUGCCUUCCAAGGCAGGGCGGCGACUCUGCACCUCCCACCGAUCCCCGCGCUUGCGGAUGGGAGCCACCUGUGCCUGCCACCGGGCCCCCGCGUGCUCCUCGGGCGUGGAGCGGCGCAGGCGUGGGGAGCCGGCGGGGACGGCAGGCGGCGCGGCGCACGCGCGACGGGGAGCCCGGAGUGCGCGGCCGUGCAGGGAACGCAUCCUCCGGCCGCCUCGGACCGGCGCGGAGCAUCUCACGGACAGCGAGGCGGGCCCAGGCGGGGCACCACUCACCAAAAGAACAGGCGCGAGCAGAAGUUGGCGUCCUGCAGCGGGUUGGGUUUCACCUCGGUGUGCACGGGCAGCAUCUUGCCCCGGGUACGCGCGGCCUGGCGGGGACGGCGGUGGUGGCGGUGUGCGCGGCUCCGGGAGGCGCUCCCGGGUGAGGAUGCUGGAGCUCGGGCCGGCGCGCCGGUCCGCUCGGCGGGAGCCUCGCAGGCAGCAGCUUCCGGGAACCGAGCGCCGGCCCGCCCUGACCCCGCCUCCCGGGGAUCCUCGGGGCGCCCGCUACGCCUCGCCGCCGCCGCCGCCGCCUCCUGGAGCCCGGGAGCUGCGCGUCGCGUGCGAGCGCAGGGGGAAGGCGGGUCGGGAGCGGCGGAGAGUACGCGCAGGUGACGGGCGGCGGCCGGGGGAACGCGAGGAAGCCGCACGUGCUCGGGACCCGCAGCAAACUUUGCCGAAGUUUUGAGAUCAGCGCCCGAGCACCACCCUGAUGGGGGCGGGGGCGGGGCCGGCUGUGCCCGCCCCCGCGCUCAGAAACGCCCCCGGGCGAAGGGCUUUUUGGAGAUCUGGUGAAAGCUGCCCGGCUUUGGCUGCCCUCCCCUGGCAUGUUGCCUCCAUCAGGACCGAAUAGGGCGCUGUGGGAGGUUCUCCGACCUGCAGGCCAAGAGUCUGACCCGGAACAACAGCAAGGUUUCACAGAUUCCCUUUGCAGACCUGAAAGCGGUGGAGACAGCCGGGCCACACGGGAUUAGAACGCUAGGAUCUGAAGAGAUGAAUCAAUGUUGCCAUUUCGGGCCGGCUUCUUGUCCUUUGCUGUAUUUCUUGGCAUGGCGGAUCUCUGAGCAGUUGGCUACCCUCUUAGAUUGGAUGUGCGCACACAAACGGAUGGAUGGAUGGAUGGAUGGAUGGAUGGAUAGAUAAUGUCUCAGCUACUCGGGAAGGACGGAUAUCCUGAACUAAGGACUUCAGGACCAACCUGAACAUCAGUUCUAUAUCUGUCUUUGAAAAAAAAAAAAAAGAAUAAAAGUCAGAUAUAUAAAGCAGCAAAAUGUUGAUCGUUUCUAACUGUGUGAAGUUUAUUAUAUAGUAUGUUGGGCAUUCCAUGCGUGUUUUCCGGCUUCCCAUUGCAAAAAAGGGAAGUAUUUCAGUCGGAAUGCAGAGCCGACCCUUCACUGGCCUCCCGGCCCACGGCCUCCUGUCCCAUGGUGUCUCAGGUGAGGCGGUGUGUCUAAGCCAAAGUCGACAGGGCUCGCCUCAUUUCUGAUGCUCUUUGAAACGCCCUACGUUUUCUAGCCCGGUGUGUUUGUUCAUCUGCCAGUUCUACUUCAAAGCCAGAGAGUGUGUUUGCUAAAGUUAGAAGCCCAGUGACUCGCCCUGCGCCUGCUCCGUCCCCUGUGACUGGUGACUCCCGACUGCAGCUAGCAGACUCCAAACUGCCAAAGCCCGUAGUCCCGUCAGCUUCCACUCAAUUGCUGGCUGUUCGUUUUCUCAACUAAGCGAUUCCGAAACUUCUUAACAUUCUUUUCUGAACACUCACUCAUGUGGCGCUUAGAAGAAAUACUGAGAACCAGUAUCACAGAGUAAAGAGGGGGGCUUAGGAGAACACGGUUUUCAGCUCUUCCUUAACAGCAAGCUUUGCUCCUGAUUACUCUCCUCAGGUCUUUAAUGAGUCUGGGAUCCCCGCUCUUUCUUCCUCAGGUUUCUGUGAGUCUCA